GGAGGGCGGAGCUCGGCCCGAGGACGCGACGCGAGCCCAGUUCCGGCGAGGAGGCCGCGCCAGUGACAGCGAUGGCGGCGGAGUCGGCGCUGCAAGUUGUGGAGAAGCUGCAGGCGCGCCUGGCCGCGAACCCGGACCCCAAGAAGCUAUUGAAAUAUUUGAAGAAACUCUCCACUUUGCCUAUUACAGUAGACAUUCUUGCGGAGACUGGGGUUGGGAAGACGGUGAAUAGCUUUCGGAAACAUGAGCAAGUUGGAAGCUUUGCCAGGGACCUAGUGGCCCAGUGGAAGAAGCUGGUUCCUGUGGAACGGACCAGUGACGCUGAUGAACAGGACUUUGAGAAGAGCAGUUCCCGAAAGCGCCCUCGGGAUGCUCUUCAGAGGGAGGAGGAGAUGCAGGAGGGCCACCAGGAACACUGGAAAGCCUCCGGCAGCCGCUCCUACAGCCCUGAGCACAGACCGAAGAAACACAGAAAACUCCCCGAGCUCGAAGGACCUCACAGAGUAACUCACAGCCAUGAGCGGAGAGAGGAGAGAAAGAAGUGCCACCGAGCGUCCCCACCCUAUUCUUCAGACCCCGAGUCUUCUGACUAUGGCCAUGUUCAGUCCCCCCCAGCGCCUGCAAGUCCCCAUCACCCUCAGGUGUUCAUGAACCAUUACAGGUCCCCAGAGGAGGACCACGAGUCCAUCACUCUGCACCAGAAGCCUGGGAGAGGCCACAGUAAUGCCCUUCAGGACAGACUGGGGGUCAGUCAGGAACGGCACCUGGAGGAACCCCAGGGCAAAGGGGUUAUGAACCAAAACAAGGAGCACAAAUCUUCCCACAAGGAGAAGCGCCUUGUGGACGCCAGGGGGGAUGAGAAGGCCCCUGCUCUGAGCAGGGAGAAAUCACACAAGGCUCUGGCCAAAGAGGGAAGCCGAAGGCCACUCUCAGGGGACAGUGUUAGGGAGAAACAACCCCCCGGUGCUGCCAAGAAAGAGAAGGAAAGAGAAGGCAGCAGUCUGAAGAAGAAGUUUCCAUCCACCCUGGAGGUUGCUUCCGACAACCUCCUUAAAAAAACAAAACACAAGGAUUUGGAGAAAACCAAAUCUGACAAGACUAAGCCAAGUGUGGAUGGGCUAGACAUCGGGAAGGGGGCUGGAGACCUGUUGCCCAAAACAAAGGAAAAGGUCUCUAACAACGUAAAGGCUCAAGAAGGGAAGGUGAAGACUUCUCAUUCAGGUAAGAAGUCCCUGAGCUCCUUCCCUAAAGAGGAGGAGGCAGACAUGGAUGAUGAAUUUGAACAGCCUACCAUGUCCUUCGAAUCAUACCUCAGCUAUGACCAGCCCCGGAAGAAAAAGAAGAAGAUCGUGAAAACUUCCACCACAGCACCCGGAGAAAAAGGGCUGAAAAAAAGUGAAUCUAAAAGCAUUAGUAAAAACCUGGACUCAGUUCAGAAAUUGCCCAAGGUGAAUGAAAACAAAUCAGAGAAGCUGCAACAGGCUGGGGCUGAUUCAGCCAAGCCAAGAAAGGUUCCUGGGGACGCCGUGCCCGUGCUGCCAGACCUGCCGUUGCCCGUGAUCCAGGCCAAUUACCGCCCCCUUCCCUCCCUUGAACUCAUCUCUUCCUUCCAGCCCAAACGGAAAGCAUUCUCUUCACCCCAGGAAGAAGAAGAAGCUGGAUUCACUGGGCGCAGAAUGAAUUCCAAGAUGCAGGUGUAUUCCGGUUCCAAGUGUGCCUAUCUCCCCAAAAUGAUGACCUUGCACCAGCAGUGCAUCCGUGUGCUUAAAAACAACAUCGACUCCAUCUUUGAAGUGGGAGGUGUCCCCUAUUCUGUUCUUGAACCCGUUCUGGAGAGGUGUACACCUGAGCAGCUCUACCGCAUAGAGGAAUGCAAUCACGUAUUAAUUGAAGAAACAGACCAAUUAUGGAAAGUUCAUUGCCACAGAGACUUUAAGGAAGAGAGACCAGAAGAGUAUGAGUCCUGGCGGGAGAUGUACCUGCGGCUUCAGGAUGCUCGAGAGCAGCGGCUACGAUUGUUAACCAAGAACAUCCGAUCUGCACACGCCAACAAACCCAAGGGCCGACAAGCAAAGAUGGCCUUUGUUAACUCCGUGGCCAAGCCACCUCGCGAUGUUCGACGGAGGCAGGAGAAGUUUGGAACGGGAGGGGCAGCUGUCGCGGAGAAAGUCAGGAUUAAGCCAGCCCCGUACACGUCAGGAAGCAGCCAUGUUCCUGCCAGCAGCAGCAACAGCUUCACCGCCAGCCCCGAGGAGCCAGCUUACGACGGCCCCAGCACCAGCAGUGCCCACUUGGCUCCGGUGGUCAGCAGCAGUGUGUGCUAUGACCCUCGAAAACCUGCUGUGAAGAAAAUUGCACCGAUGAUGGCCAAGACAAUUAAAGCUUUCAAGAACAGAUUCUCCCGACGAUAGACUGAGGACUUGCCCUGCAGAUGGAAUUUGAGGGGGCAGGAAUACAGGGAUACGGAGGGCUGGGGAAGGGGACUUGCAAAGGAGCCUGGCAUCCAGCUUUCGCUGUGUGGAACCUUUUGGUCUGCGAGUGCUGCACGCUGACAGAGGUGGCCCCUGAGCGCCACGGCCCCGCCCUGCCCGGAGCACACGCCAGCCUUCCGAGCACGAUGUGAAGCCUCAGUCUCACUGAGGAUUUUAAGGUCACUUAUACUUUUGUUGCUGAUUAGCAUCUUUGUAAACUAUAAGACAUAGUUUUAAUGAAUAAAUAUUGCCCCAGAUUGUAUUUAUAUUACCCCAGGUUUUUCUGUUUUUUUUUUUUUGUUUGUUUUUUUUGUUCUCUACCACACACAGCCUUGUAUUGUUCAGGUCCUUUAGAUGAAAGCCUAGCAAAAGCCAUUCCUGCCUCAGGUCAGCUCUGGAGUGGCCUGUGGUCCAGUGGAGGACGGGGCCUCGGCCUGUGUGCGGUUGCACAUAGGGCAGGAGUGUGGGCCAGGCAGAGCGCACUCUGCCCCCAGGGGAGGCGGGCAUGGAGCCCCGCCUCCGCGCCCCUAUGCAGGUGUACCUCUUUCCUACCCAUUCAAGAGUAUUUAUUUAGGGAGGCUGUUUGUAAAUGCCUCUGUCCUUUCCCAAUCCUCUUUGCAAAUCACCCACCCCCUUCUUUUUUAAGGCUCACUAAGAAGACACAGAACUUUGAGAAGUCAAUUUGCACAGAACCUCAGCAAUUUUAACUUGUAGUUUCUGGUUCAAAUUUUAGGUGUUUCCCCCCCCUCCCUUACCUUUCCUUCUGCCCACCAGCAUGGGAGGGGGGCACACAGACCUGGCAGGGCUUUUGUAGCUCUGCGUUGGCUUUGGAGUUUUAAAAGCUAGCACUUUAAUCUCUUGCUUCCUAUGAAUUGCUACUAGAAGUGAAUGGUGGAAAGUCAUGAGAGUUGGAAUGCUCUGUUGGAAAUUGCUUGUUUCUGCCUUUUCUUUAAAAGGAAAGAUGACGUUGGUGUAAGCGCACAGCAGUGUGCUGUGUCUGGUAGAGAACUUUGCCCUCUGCCUUCUGAGUGUGCCAACCAGGAUGUGAGGGAAGGGGUGGCUUGGGGACUGUGUCUGAGGAGGGGGACCACAGGGCGCAUCCAUCUAGCUGGAUAGAGCCUCUCCCUUCCGAGCUGACAUGGAGCAGGAUGACAACAAGAAGGGCCACAUCAGCUCCUUCUGCCUUCCAGGUUGGAACCCAUGUGGAAAUAGAUGCUAUGAAUUUGAGACUUACACCCCAUGGAACCUGCAAAGCAGAGGGAGCGCUGGCUCGCAAGCCUGCUCAUCAGCCCUCCCCACGAGUUCUCAAAGCCUGGCAGGUGGAAUCCACUCUGCCGACCAUCCUGGAGACCUCACUUAGGCAACACAGGAAACCCGCCCAACCAGGGCUCCUCAGUCCUCGGUGUGCAUGGCGGGGCAGGCCUGGGACAACGGGACACAAGUAUUACAAUGUUUUGAUUUGCUGUAUUUUUGAAUUAGUAAAAGACUAUUUCUCUUGUUUACCAUUGCUCUUCUAUCUCUCAGCCUGAUCUACCUACCAAAUCCAAUAUUAGCGAGCUUCUUACCUGAAGCCGGAUGAACACUGAGAUCGGAGCCCAGGCACCUGUUGCCUGCAACAGCUUCCUCUAAGUGCCACCUUCCAUCUGUCUUGUAGCUGUGUUUCCAGUUUUUCAUAGUUCAGGUUCACUCCAUGUGUAGGAGUCUUUUGGUGGGAAGUGAAGAAAGGACAUGUUUGUGUAUCCAACAUCAAAUCCAGGUUGGGCACGUAAAGAUCUCCUGUGAGCCCUGUUCACACAAGCCUGACCCUCCUGGACCUUCUUCUCCCUCUCCAGGGGUGUGCGUCCAGGACUGUUUCGGGGAGAAAAAUGCUGACUUUCCUCACGAUCUGCUCACCUAGCUGACUGAAAUGAUGGCCAAGCAAACAUAACAAUGUUGAAUUUUUAGUCUCUGAAAAUGUACAAUUUUUUUUUUUUUACUACAUUACAUACAAACUACCAAAUUACAAAUUAGUCUUUUGUGACCCUUCGUUCAGGUUGUCCAGGCGGGAGAGGCAAGAUCUCAUCCUGCUCUUCAUUUGUAUUUUGGUCCUGAAAUGUAAAUACAAUUUUCUAUGUUACUUUUUUGUGGCAAUGAUGAAGAUGAAUAUUUUAAUUAGAUAAGUUAUACCAAAAGGGAAACCCCAUGUCUAAAUAAAGAACAAACUCUACCU